CUCGGAGCUAUGGCCGCCGUCGAAGCAGAGCACCACCAAAACAGAGCAGACGAGACCGACCAAAUCUCCCUCAAAGAUGGCGACUCCGACAUCUGCCAACAGCUCAUGGACCGUUACUCGAAGUCCUCCGCCUCGCAGCACCGCCACCUCGUCGCCACCGCCGCCGCAAUGCGCUCCAUCCUCACAUCGGAGUCUCUUCCUCCGUCUCCUCCUGCUUACUUCGCAGCUGCUAUCUCCUCGUUGGAUUCCUCCACGGCGGAGGAUCCAGUGGCAGUCUCUGCUUUGCUCACGUUUCUGUCUAUAGUGGUUCCUCUGGUUCCUUCUGGAGGAGUCUCAGGUGCUAUGGGGUGUGAGGCGGUUGGUGUUUUGGUGAGAUGUGUUGAUGGAGAAGGGGAGAAGUUAGGUGUUGCGAGUUUGAGAGCUGGUGUGAAGUGUGUUGGGAGCUUGCUUGUUGGUUUCUGUGAUUUGGAUGAUUGGGAAUCUGUUAAGUUAGGGUUUGGUUCGAUUUUGAAAUUCUCUAUUGAUAAACGUCCAAAGGUUAGAAGAUGUGCUCAAGAGUGUUUGGAGAAGUUAUUUGGUUCUCUUCGGUCGUCUACUGUUAUUAAGGAAGCAAGUGAUACGUUAUAUGCUUUACUUAAAGAAUAUAAGCCUGUUCUGUCUAAGCUAAGCUCGACGAAGAUUGUGGAAGGUUCUAAGGUUGAGUCAGCAUUGAAAUCUGAGAACGCGGAGGCUGCACAUGUGUUAAAUGUUCUCAGUGCUACGAUUCCUUUUUUAUCUGCGGAAGUUAGUUCUUGUGUUUUCUCGGAACUUUGUAAGCUUAUGGGGUCUCAGUUCUCGCCGCUGACGAGGCAAAUUCUGAAAGCGAUUGAUGCUAUCUUCAAGAGUUCUGAUGAUACAGUUGUUGUUCCUGAGAUAGAAGGAGUCAUAACUUCUUUGACUAAUUAUGUAUCUUUACACGAGAAGAAUCCUGCUGACACUAUCGUUCAUGUGAGCACCUUGUUAAGAAGUGCCUUGGAGAAAGCUAACUCAGCGGAACCGACAUUGUGCCUAAGGCAGCUUCCACUAGUUUGUGGGUCAUUGGCAGGUCUUCUGAUUUCCGAGGACGAUGUUGCAUCCCAGGCCUCAGUUAUACUAAAGGAUUUGAUCAGCAGCCACAUCGAUACAAAUAAUCUUUUGACCGAGGGAAGCUUGUCUAGUGAAGAUGAGGAUAAUUUAACCGGUGGAGACAAUAUAAAUGCAGCAAGAAGUUUAUGCACUGUCUUUGAGAGUACCCUAAACUCAUGUGAUGGAAUUCCAAAGGAGCACAUUUUAACUGUCACAGCUCUUUUGAUUGAGAAACUUGGAGAUCUUUCAUAUAUUCUCGCAAAGGGUGUCAUUUUAAAGCUGGCGGACAUGAUGAAAAAUGGAACUGGAGAUACUUCUAGCUCAGAAUAUGUUCAACAAUGCAUUGGGGCUGCAGUAGUUGCCAUGGGUCCGGUGAAGCUACUUACACUUUUUCCUAUCUCCCUCGAUGCUGAGAGUCACUCUUGCACAAAUGCUUGGCUGAUUCCUAUCUUAAGAAGGCAUAUUGUUGGAGCAUCUCUUGAGUAUUAUGUCGACAACAUUGUUCCCCUUGCAAAGUCAUUGAUGCUUGCGUCUAAAGAAGCUAAAAAGUCAGGUCAGGGCAAAAAGUUGAAGGCGCGUGGUCAUGAGCUGCUGAAACUGUUACCUGCCUUUUGUAACUACCCAACUGAUGUACCCAAGCAAUUAGGAUCUUUAGUGAAGCUGAUGGUUAAGUUCAUUAAGAAAAAAUCUUUCAUGCAUGAAGCUGUGGCCGUUUCUCUGCAGAUGCUUGUAAACCAGAAUAAAAGAAUGCCUAAGCCCAGUACAGAUAUGGACGAAGAAGACGCCAAUAUAAGUGAAGAUGCUAAACCUGAGGUUGAUAGUAGAUUUCACUAUUCGAAGAAAGCUUCAACGAAAAACAUGAAGACUUUGGCAUCAAGCUCGGCGGAGCUGCUUCAAACUCUCGUCGAUGUGUUCACUGCCUCAGGCACGGAGAUCAGUGCAGACUUUAAGGCUGCAAUUGGAUGCUUAGCUUCCACUCUGGAUUCUUCAGUGAGGAAAAAGAUUCUAAUUUCCUUGCUAAAUAAGUUUGAUCCUGCUGGUGAAAGCGAGAUUGAAGGGCAAGUCAACCAGUCUAAUGAUUCAAAUGAUGAAGAGAAAGACAACAACAGUGCUACAAAAACACAGUUAAAGAGGAGUGCUGUACUGGAUCUUGCAUCUUCAUUUGUUGAAGGAGCCAAGGAAGAUCUUAUUGAAUUGAUAUAUAUUCUUGUUCGCCAAAGUUUUCAGGCCACUGAUGAGGCUGAUCUUCGUGGGGCGUAUAAUACACUGAGCAGAAUUCUAGAGGAACAUGGCUGGUUUUGUUCAUCUCAUUUUGCAGAGGUGAUAGAGAUGUUACUCAGCCAUAAAACUCCAGAAGAUGAAGCAUCUUCUAAAAGUCGAUUUACAUGUUUCCACGUCCUAAUGGCGCAUGGAAUUCAGUCAAGCUCCGAGGAGGAGAAUGAAAAGGCUUUCCUUAUCCUGAAUGAAAUGAUCCUUACUCUUAAAGAUGGGAAAGAAGAACACAGGAAAGCAGCUUGUGAUGCACUGGUUAUGGUAUAUACCACCUUAAAAAAUUCAUCAUCUAUGAACAGUGAAGAACUUUGUCCCAAACUGAUUAACAUGAUAAGUGGUUAUAUAUCUGGAUCAUCACCACACAUAAGGAGUGGAGCAGUGUCUGCGUUAUCUGUCUUGAUAUACAAAGACCCUGAGAUCUGCCUAUCGUCACCAGAGCUUCUUUCCUCUGUCUUAUCAUUGCUUCACACCAAAUCCAUUGAGAUUAUAAAAGCCGUAUUGGGUUUUGUGAAAGUUUUAGUCUCAACAUCGCAAGCCCAGGACUUGCAGAAUCUACUGCAAAACCUCUUAUAUGAGAUUCUCCCCUGGUCGUCUGUUUCAAGACACUAUUUUAAAUCAAAGGUAACGAUCAUAGUUGAGAUUAUGAUAAGGAAGUGUGGUACCCGCGCAGUCCAACAAGCGACACCAGACAAGCACAAGAGUUUCCUCGAGACAGUUUUAGAGAACCGUUCGAGCAAAGCAAAAGACAAAGAAGAAACCAAUGAUUCACAGACUACUUCCAUCGACUCCUCGAGAGAGCCAAGGAAAAGAAAUCAUUCUGAUCAUUCAUCAGAAACAACAGCCAAACAAGAUGGCAGCAACAAAUUCAAACGGCAGAGGAGCACACAUCAUUCAGACACUAAUGGAAGCAGAACAGGACCAAAGCGCCCUGGUAACAGAAGCUUCGGCGGCAAACAUAGGGAAGCUUCUGGAAACAAUCACAAGUCAGGAAAAGACACACGGAAGCCACAGAAGAACAGAUUCAGGAAAGCAUCAUGAAUCCUUUAAUCUCAAGUCAGUUUUGCAGUUUCAGAUACCAGAAACCAAAACAUAUGGUGUGUAUGUAUACGAAUUGUAGAUUAUACACAUCAAGAUUUUUCAAUGAUUAAUGUUUUCUUAAAAGACUAAAAAACCCCAAGAAAAAAGAGAUUAGGUUAACUUGCAAGAGCUUGAUCAAGCACUGACACAAUCUCCAGCCUGCUUCUCACCAAUCUGUGAAACACUUCUCUAACUUGUCUCUGCAAAUCCUCCAAUCCAACUUCCAUCCCCCGACAAAUCUCAUCCAACUCCUCCACCUUGUCCGCAACCACCUCCUCUUCCUCUGUCGGAAACCUAAACCUCUCCGUGAAAUCCAACAAAGACAACCCUAUCUUCUCCAUCCUCUGAAUCUCCUCCAUCAACCCACCACCACCACCACCACCAAAACGCUUCUCCUUCCGUUUCAUCUCUUCACCAACCCUCUCCUGAAUGUUCACAGCGGCACUAGCCCAGCUCUGGUGCUUCGGAAGCUGCAACGGCGCAACAAGAACGUUACUUGUCUGGCAAGGCACCGCAGCGACUAACACCCACAUCACAAGAACCAUAACACUGCUCAUUAUAUAAACCGGCAUCGCCGGUCCAGAGGCUUCUGCUCCACGUGGCAUCACAAGAUUAGCAACCAUCCCCUGAAUCUGCUUCGUCGCAGACCAGUGGCCAGAUGAUGAUCCUCCUCCUACGUUGCUGUUCUGUCCAAACGACCAAGACCUAAACGUUGUCUUUUUAUUACUACUGCCGCCGCCGCCACUUCCAUUGUUUCUAACUUUCACAUCACCGUUUAACCCAACAACAAGACUUGCCAACGCACGCUUCGCUCUACGAACGCUUCCGUCACAUAACGGCCUUUGUUUAAGCGCCGUCACAGCUAUCUCCGCUAAACGCCGACUCUGUCUAACGGAAUCAAUACCGUUAACAACGGCGUUACAGAUAUCAAGCGCCUUUAGAAUCCUAUCAAGCAGUUCCGACAGAACCCUCUCUAAAGAAGGAGACUUCGAGAUCUGAACCGUGGACAGAAGAACCCCUUUGAACUCCGUCUCGCAGGAAACGAAAACGUCGAGGAGGUUCUGUAGCCACGGGAUCGAGAGGAUCGGAUCAGACGGCUGAGAAGAGCCGCCAAUGUCUGGAGGAGGCGAAGAUGGAGAGAUUAGCUCCGAGAGACGUUCAGAGACGUGUUUGUGGAAAUACUCGAGCUCUUCGAGCUCUUGCUCGUGGUUAGCGUCCAUGGAGAUGAUCUGGUUGCGGCGGAUGCUGAUUCGGCUCAGGAAUGAGCCUUGAGACUCCGUCGCCGGCGCCAUUUAGUGAUGUGUGUGAUGAAACAGAGAGAAAGUGAGUUUCGUUUCUUUUUUUUGUUUGUUGUUUCGGAGGAUAAAGGAGAGAUUUUUAAAGAGA